GACAUGCGGUUGCUGCUGCUUCUGUCGCUGCUGCUGCUGGCUGAUGUGCGCCAGUCCUUGGCUCUCAAUGUGAGGCUCCAGGGUGACACCUGGGGCCCCUGGGGUGAAUGGAGCCCCUGCAGCCGCACCUGUGGAGUGGGCAUCAGCUUCCGGGAGCGACCCUGCUAUUCGCAGAGGAGAGACGGAGGCGCCAGCUGCGUGGGCCCCGCGCGCAGCCACCGCACCUGCCGCACCGAGAGCUGCCCCGAGGCCGCGCGGGACUUCCGAGCCGAGCAGUGCGCAGAGUUCGACGGCGCCGACUUCCAGGGCGGGCGCUACAGCUGGCUGCCCUACUACGGAGCCCCCAACAAGUGUGAGCUGAACUGCAUUCCCAGGGGGGAAAAUUUCUACUACAAGCACAGAGAGGCCGUGGUGGACGGGACCCCCUGUGAGCCUGGCAAACGGGACGUCUGUGUGGAUGGCAGCUGCCGGGUCGUUGGCUGUGACCACAAGCUUGACUCAUCCAAGCAGGAGGACAAGUGUCUGCAGUGUGGGGGUGACGGCUCGACCUGCUACGCUGUCACGGGCACCUUUGAUGCCAGUGAUCUCAGUAGAGGCUAUAACCAGAUCUUCAUCGUUCCCGUGGGGGCCACCAGCAUCCGCAUCGAGGAGGCUGCUGCCAGCAGGAAUUUCCUGGCCGUGAAGAGCGUCCGAGGCGAGUACUACCUGAAUGGGCACUGGACCAUAGAGGAGGCCCAGGCCCUGCCGGUGGCCAGCACCAUCCUGCAGUAUGAUCGGGGUGCCGAGGGGGACCUGGCCCCUGAGCAGCUCUUGGCACGGGGCCCCACCUCAGAGCCCCUGGUCAUCGAGCUCAUCAGCCAGGAGCCCAGCGCGGGCGUGCACUACCAGUACUACCUGCCUCUGACCGAGCCCGGCCGCGCCUCCCGCUGGAGCCACAGCUCCUGGGGCGACUGCAGCGCCCAGUGUGGUGGAGGUCACCAGACUCGCCUGGUAUUCUGCACCAUGGACAACGAGGCCUACCCAGACCACAUGUGCCAGCGCCAACCUCGGCCGGCUCACCGCCAACCCUGCAACUCUCAUCCUUGCCCUCGGACGAAGCGCUGGAAGGCAGGGCCAUGGGCGCCGUGCUCAGCAUCCUGCGGGGGCGGCUCCCAGUCCCGUUCUGUCUACUGCGUGUCCUCAGAUGGGGCCGGUGACCAGGAGGCCACUGAGGACGCCCAGUGUGCUGGGCUGCCCAGGAAGCCCCCUGCGACACAGGCUUGCAACCUGCGGCCCUGCGCGGCCUGGAGUGCGGGACACUGGGGAGAGUGCUCUGCCACUUGUGGUGCUGGCAUCAGGAGGAGGAGCGUCACCUGCCGGGGUGAGGAUGGGACUCUGCUCCCGGCUGUGGCGUGCUCCUUGGAAGACCAGCCGUCCCUCACUGAGGCCUGUGUGCGCGAGGCCUGCCCCCUCCUCCGGGAACAGCCCUGGCACGCCAGCGCCUGGGGCCUGUGCUCCAAAAGCUGCGGCUCGGGCACUCGGAGGCGACAGGUCGUCUGUGCCAUCAGGCCACCUGGCCACUGCGGGGGCCUGCAGCAGUCGAAGCCUGCGGAGGUGGAGCCUUGUAACAGGCAGCCCUGCCAUCUUCCUCAGGAGGUCCCCAGCCUGCAGGACUCACACACUCACCCCAGGGACCACAGGAUGCCUUUAGGCCCUAGGGUGGCCCCAGCCUCAGACCCUAGAGACCAGCGGAGAGCAGCUGAGGAGAGACCAUGGAUCCAGAGUAACUCCAGAGUGAACCAGGGCCCCCAGUUACCUCCCGGCCAGGACCCCCCACUACAGCAGCCCCCGUACAGGCCGCCCCCGAGGUACCACUCAGGGGCCCGUGACUGCAGACACAGCCCUCACGGGUGCUGUCCUGAUGGCCACACACCAUCUCUUGGGCCACAGUGGCAAGGUUGUCCCCUAGCUGGGGCCUCGUGUCAGCACAGCAGGUAUGGGUGCUGCCCUGAUGGGGUGUCUAUGGCUGAGGGGCCCCAGCAGGCCGGCUGCGCCAGGUCUCAUGGUGGUGACAAGUCUGGGAGCAGGCCAGGGUCCAGGGCAGUGGCUUCCAGGGCCUCCAAAGCUCACCAGCCCCAGGCCGAACAGAGCGAGCCUGGUGAGUGUCGUGCCUCUCGGUUCGGCUGUUGUUAUGACGAUGUGGCCUCUGCAGCUGGUCCGCUUGGAGAAGGAUGCGUGGGCAAGCCCAGCUACCCCUACCCGGUGGGGUGCCUGCUGCCCAGCGCCCACGGCUCCUGUACAGACUGGGCCGCCCGCUGGUACUUCGUGGCCUCUGUGGGUCAGUGUAACCGCUUCUGGUAUGGUGGUUGCCAUGGCAAUGCCAAUAACUUCGCCUCAGAACAGGAGUGCAUGAGCAGCUGCCGAGGGCACCAGGAGCCCCGUCAUCCGGAGCCCGGAGCCUCUGGCCACCACGUUCACACAGAUGGUAGCCACGGUGGUCCUGGGGGCCAGCCAGAGCCUGGCUGGCAUAGGACCGGGGCCACAGUGCCCAGACUGCCUUCGCCUUCUGGAGGUCCCUGGUGGAGAGAACAAGAGCCUAGGCCGGCGGAGGCAGCCCACACUGGAGCCUUUGGAGCCCGGCCUGGGGGCCAGGAGCUGAGACCCGGAGUCCCUGGACUGGGUGAAGAUGCUGGGCGGCCAGUGCCACCCUCGUACAGCAACUCCCACAGGAUUAGCUUGGCAGGCUCCGAGGCCUCCCUGGUGCAGACAGCCGUAGGACAGUUGGUGCAGCUCUUCUGUCCCAGUGACGCCUCCCUGGAAUUCCAGGCUGGGUGGCAGAAAGAUGGCCGGCCAGUCUCCUCUGAAAGGCACCAGCUGCAGCCAGAUGGCUCCCUGAUCAUCCACCCUGUGCGGGCAGAGGACGCUGGUGUCUAUAGCUGUGGCAGCCACAGGCCGGGCCAUCUCCCAGAGGAGAUCCAGCUUCGCAUCACAGGAGGAGACGUGGCGAUGCUGCCUGGAACCGAGCCAAGGCACUUCCCUCAGACCAGGGGUCCAGGCCAUGGUCCUCUGGAUUCUGGCGUAAUAGGGGCUGAUGCCGGGGGCCAGGGGGCAGCCUCUUCCUCACACCUUCGGCCUGCCACCAGGCUGCGUAUGGACCGGACCCAGCCUGGGGUGGUGGACGCCAGUCUAGGUCAGCGGAUCCGGUUGACCUGCCAUACCGAAGGCUUCCCUCCUCCCACCAUUGAGUGGCAGAGAGAUGGGCAGCCUGUUUCUUCUUCCAGACACCAGCUGCAGCCUGAUGGCUCUCUGGUCAUCAGCCGAGUGGCUGUGGAAGACGGUGGCUUCUACACCUGUGUUGCUUUUAAUGGGCAGGACAGAGACCAGCGUUGGGUUCAGCUCAGAGUUCUGGGGGAGCUGACAAUCACAGGGCUGCCCCCUGCUGUGACAGUGCCUGAGGGUGACACAGCCAGGCUGCUGUGCAUGGUGGCAGGAGAAAGUGUGAACAUCCGAUGGUCGAGGAACGGGCUCCCAGUACAGGCCGAUGGCCACCGUGUGCACCAGUCUCCAGAUGGCACGCUGCUGAUUCAUAACCUACGACCUAAGGACGAGGGUUCCUACACGUGCAGUGCCUAUCGCGGGAGCCAGGCAGUCAGUCGCAGCACCGAGGUGAAGGUGGCAGUGCCAGAAGCCGCCGCCCAGUCCAGGGACCCGAGCCAGGAGUGCACCGACCAGCCGGAGCUGGCCAACUGCGCCUUGAUCCUGCAGGCCCAGCUUUGUGGCAACGAGUAUUACUCCAGCUUCUGCUGUGCCAGCUGUUCCCGCUUCCAGCCGCCCGCCCAGCCUGCCUGGCAGCAGGGAUGAAAGCUAGCUGUGGCCCCAGUUCCAGAAAACUUGCUGGGGAGAAGGGAAGCUAAGACUUGGUUUCCCCUCUUGGCUGGCAAAGGGGGUCGUCUGGACGACGGCCCUUUCGGAAGUCAGCCCCACUCAGCCUCAGCAGUUGCCAGUGUCAGACCCCCCUGCAGCUGCUGGAGAUCUCUCACCCGGAUGCCUGGGACCAGAAGCAUUGCAGACUUUCCUGACUGAGCAUCCCUAAUCCAAAGAUCAGAAAGGCUCUGAAACCUGAAACCUUUGAAGGCCAUGUAAGCACUCAAAGGUCACUGCGUUUCAGAGUGUACUGGGCUUUGGGCUAGGGACUUCAGCCCACACAGAGGAUCCAUUCACUGCGUGUUAAAGCAAGCCAUCGGCCCUCACUUGGUUUAGCUGGGUGGGGAGGCAUGUAAUGAUUUCAGUUAACACCUGCCUGAUAAGGGGAAUGCCAACUCCUGCUCAGUCAGUGGUCUGUGCUAGAGCCCAGUGCUGUUUGGGAUCAAACGGUGCCCACUGCUCCAGUCUCUCUUCUCUUGCUAGGUAGCGUCACAGUCAGCUUCACAUGCCAUCAUCAGUGGCCACAGAGUGCUGGUUGGAACUUUCAGCAAAGUGAACUAUAAUUGUAAGGCUCCAAGGACUUAUGAUGGAAAAGCCAGGUAACAUUAGUAUCUGAGCAUGAAGGAAACCGGAAAAAGCCCUUUGCUUUGCUGCAAAGCUGGACCCUGAAGCCUCCUGAGGCUCCCCUGCGGAGUUGGCCUGCUCCGUGCAGCGACGACGAGCCUCUCUUCCUCGCGUGGGAAGCUGUGAAACAGAGCAUUUGCUGACAGAGAAAAUUCAAACUAUUAGCUGGGCGUGGUGGUGCACGCCUUUAAUCCCAGCACUUGGGAGGCAGAGGUGGGAGGUACGGGGCCCACCCUGAGACGACAGUGAAUCCCAGGUCAGCGUGAGCUAGAGACCCUACCUUAAAAAGCCAAAAACCAAACUGUUGCAAGAGUAGCUGGGGGUGGUACAACCCUUGGGAUGCUGAGGCGGGAAGACUGCUUUAAGUGUGUGGCUAGUCUGGGCUAGAGUGAGACCCAGUCUACAAAGCGGAAAUCCAAAAAACCUGAAAACUCAA